CCAUGGCAUAGCAUCGCACUUGCAUGCACAGGCUCAUCCUCAUUUGCAUUCUCAUUUCACUCCCGAUCUCGUUCCUAUUCCAAUCCUUAUCUUUCCUGGAGCUACAGUCUGGCGAAGUAACAUGUUAUCCUAUCUCGGCCGAAUCAGAUCCCAUCAACCUCGUUCCUCCUUUCUUCCAGCGCACUUCUGCUUGCACACACAAACACGUAACUCGCAGCAAUAGCCCGUUCCUGAGCAAGGAAUCUCGAAGGGGCGAUCAUACUUGAUGGCGUAUCUCUUCUUUUUAUAUAUCCGCUCAUUUUUCACGGCUCAGAGAACGCGCUUUUUUUUUUUUUUUUUUUUUG